AUGGCAGUCCUGGAUUUAGAUGCUCGAGCGGCUAAGUUAGGUAUCGAUCUCUCGCAGGUCGACUUCGAUUCUGUUCUCCUCCCUCCUGGAGAGAACUUUGGCAUCGAGAGGUAUGUUUAUAUUCUAUAUAUGAACACGAUCUAUGGUCUUCUUAUAUGUUUGGUUUUUGACAUGGAACGAUACAAGCAAGUUGAUAUAAGGAUCUUUGAUGUGAAAAGUGGUAGACUAAUGAGAGGUUUCCAAGGAAGUGCUGAUGAGUUUUCAGUUGAAGGAUAUAGCGUCUCAUGGCCUGUUUUCAAAUGGGAUGGUGGAAGAGAUGAUAAAUACUUUGCCAGACUUAGAAAGAACACAAUCUCUGUCUAUGAGACUGCGACUUUCAGCUUAAUUGACAAGAGAUCAAUCAAGGUUGAUAACGUUGUGGACAUCUGUUGGUCUCCUACUGAUUCCAUUCUUGCAUUUUUUGUUCCUGAACUAGAUGAUGGUAACCAGCUUGCUAGGGUAUGUUUGAAUGCCUUUUUAAACCUUGUGGUUUUUCGGUUUUCGAUUUCUCUGUAUUUGACAUGUUUGAUCUCUCAGGUUGCUCUUGUGCAACUCCCUAGCAAAGUGGAGAUAAGGCAGAAGAAUCUUUUCAAUGUGAGUGACUGCAAAAUGUACUGGCAGAGCAAUGGAGACUAUCUAGCUGUCAAGGUGGAUCGAUACGGAUCGAAAUCAAAGAAGAGCAUAGAGUCAGGGUUUGAGAUUUUCCGAGUCAAAGAAAAAGAUAUUCCGGUAGAGGUUCUUGAGCUUGACAAUAAGAAGGAUAAGAUCAUUGAGUUCGCUUGGGAGCCAAAGGGUCAGAGAUUCGCCGUGAUACACGGUGACUUACCGAGACCAGAUGUCAGUUUCUACUCAAUGCGGACCCCUGGAAGAGUUUCAAAGCUAGUUACUCUCAAGGCCAAGCAAGCCAAUGCCCUCUUCUGGUCUCCCACUGGCAAACACAUGGUCCUAGCUGAUAGGUUAAAUGGCAAGCUUGAAUUUUACAAUGUGGAUAUGCUUAUGACUAUGGCAACUGUUGAUAACUUCAUGGCCACAGAUAUCAAGUGGGAUCCAACUGGAAGGUACCUUGCAACUGUAGUGACUUCAUCGGUGGUAGAGGAUGGGUUUUACAUUUGGUCCUUGUAUGGGAAGUUGCUUUACCGAACACUCAAGGAACAAGUCUUUCAGUUUGCUUGGCGUCCAAGACCACCGUCUUUGUUGUCGGAGCAAAAGGAAAAAGAGGUGAAAAGGAAUCUGAGGCAGUACGUGGAGAGGUACGAGGAAGAAGACGAAGACGUGUUGGAUUUGUUGAGCAGACAAGAGGAGGAAAGCAGGAGAGUGAUGGAAGAGGAUUGGGAGAUGUGGAUAAACGAGUGGAAGAAGCUGCACGAGGAAGAAAAACUCCAAAAGCAAAAUCUUCUUGGUAAGGAAGAGGAAGGAGAAGAAGAGUAUUGUUAUGAGACCGUUGAGGAGUUGAUCGAUGUCUGUGAGGAAGUUGUCUCCUUGGAACCAUGAGCAAGAAUGAA